CCGACAUGGACGGCAGCGCGGCGCACAGCGGCUGCUCCGCCUCACUGAUGGAGAGGAAGAUGAGCGCGAUGGCCUGCGAGGUGUUCAAUGAGCUCCGCCUGGAGGGGAAGCUCUGCGAUGUGAUCAUCGAAGUGAACGGCUGUCAGUUCAACGCGCACAAGAACAUCCUCUGCAGCUGCAGUCAUUACUUCAGGGCUUUGUUUACCAGUGGCUGGAACAACACAGAGAAGAUGGUGUACAAAAUCCCCGGCGUUUCCCCCGAAAUGAUGAAACUCGUUAUCGAGUAUGCCUACACCAGGACAGUAUCGAUCACUGCUGAAAAUGUGGAAAGUUUGCUGGGCACGGCAGAUCAGUUCAACAUCAUGGGCAUCAUCAGGCUGUGCUGCGAGUUCCUGAAAUCACAGCUGUGCUUGGAAAACUGUAUCGGCAUCUGCCGGCUCACAAACCAUUACCACUGCCCCGGCCUGCGGCAGACGGCCUACAUGUUCAUCCUCCACAACUUCGAGGAGCUGAUCAAGGUGUCCACGGAGUUCCUAGACCUCUCCAUUGACGAGCUGACAGACAUAAUUGAGAAGGAUGAGCUGAACGUGAAGCAGGAGGAAGUGGUGUUCGACGCCAUCCUGAAAUGGAUCACCCACGAUCCCUGGCAAAGGAGGCAGCACAUCCCCAUCCUGCUCAGCAAGGUCCGGCUGGCACUGAUGGAGACAGACCACUUCAUGAACAAAGUCAAAACACACGAUUACGUGAAGGACAACAGCGAGUGCAAACCCAUCAUCAUCAGCACUCUGACGGCCAUGUACAACCUCAGCACGAGCAACGCGUUUCUCCCCAACUGCGUCAGUCCCCUGGCCAGGCCCCGCCUGCCCUACUCCAUCCUGUUUGCUAUCGGGGGCUGGAGCGGGGGCAGCCCGACCAACGCCAUCGAGACGUACGACACCCGCGCGGACAAGUGGGUGAACGUUACGUGCCACGAGGAGAGCCCCCGGGCCUACCAUGGCGCUGCGUUUCUGAAAGGCUUUGUCUACAUUAUCGGAGGAUUUGACAGCGUGGAUUACUUCAACAGCGUCAAGCGGUUCGACCCGGUGAAGAAGACGUGGCAGCAGGUCGCUCCCAUGCACUCCCGGCGCUGCUACGUCAGCGUCGCUGUUCUCAACGACUUCAUCUACGCCAUGGGGGGGUUCGACGGCUACACGCGGCUCAACACAGCCGAGCGCUACGAGCCGGAGACAAACCAGUGGACGCUGAUUGCUCCCAUGCACGAGCAGAGGAGCGACGCCGGUGCGACCACGCUGUAUGACAAGGUGUAUAUAUGUGGUGGGUUCAAUGGGAACGAGUGCCUCUCCACAGCUGAAGUGUACGAUGCUGGAACAGAUCAGUGGACCUUGAUAUCCCCAAUGAGAAGCAGAAGAAGUGGAGUAGGUGUGAUUGCAUAUGGAAGCCAAGUGUAUGCGGUAGGAGGAUUCGACGGAGUCAACCGGCUCCGCACUGCGGAAGCCUACAGCCCAGCUGCCAACACGUGGCGCGUUGUCCCCACCAUGUUCAAUCCUCGCAGCAACUUCGGCAUUGAAGUGGUGGACGACCUCUUGUUUGUGGUCGGUGGCUUUAACGGAUACGCCACGACGUACAACGUUGAGUGUUACGACGAAAAAGCCGACGGGUGGUUUGACGCUCAGGACAUGAGCAUCUAUCGCAGCGCUCUGAGCUGCUGCGUGGUGCCAGGGCUGUGCAACGUGGGGGAUUACGCUGCCAGGAGAGAUUAGCGUGGAGCCCUCGCAGCAAGGGGAGGUCGGAGGCACUUCUUCACAGAGCCCUGCCUGCACAAACAGCUCCGGUUAGCCAAUAAAGUCUUCU